GCGAGUUAUAGCCAAGACUACCGAGAUCUUGGCCAAUAACAAUAGCAGAAGCUUCUCACGCAAAUAUCAACGCCUUGACUUAGUCAUAAAAGCGGAGGAAAACAACAUUUCAUUGUUAAAUACUUCUCCGGAGGAGAGUGUGAAAUGUAUUUUCUUCGGCUUUACUUUUUCUGCUUACGUGUUUUGUUGUCCCGAGCGAAUAUUGUUAUCGAUUUUUGUCUGCUGUCUGCCAUAAUUCCUUUAUGGCGGUGUAGAGAAGGAGGCAGCGGGUCGUUCGUCUGGAAAGUUUCUCACGUUGCGCAUACGCAGCGUAUGAUAGCCCGAGGCCGUAAUUGAAUUUCAGCUGCAGUUCUCCGUCGAUUCAAGUGUUCAAGGUUGGGAAGCGGAACAGAAGGAAGGGAAACCCCUUGGGCCAAGUAGCCAUCACUAUUUGCAUAUCGGCUGCAGUGAAUAUCCCCGAAAAUGAGCUACUUGAAAGUAAAUUUAGUCUUGUUUAUAUAGCAAGCGUUGCCGGGUUUUCUGUUGGAUAUUUGCAGAUGGCAAACAUGAAAAGUGUGCUUGGUUUGGUUCGGUUCGCUUGUGUGCAUAUCCGGUUUCCCGGAAUUUCCUUCGCCUUUGCACAGAUUUUUCUGGCAAGAUAUUGCAACCGCUUCGGCAAUACAAUCAACAUUUGCACAAUUCCUUUGACAUUUCUACGCUCAUGUGCUCUAUUUUUAUAAAUUUUUUGCUGGAUUCCGGCAAACAAUGAGCUGCAUUUGCUGCACAUUUCCUGCAGGAUUCUUAAAGCACGGCUACCUUCUCUUUCGAAAUAGAAUGGUAUGGUACCGUCCGAGUCGACCAAUGUUGGCCAAUAAAUAAACCGUUGAUACGCUCAAGGCAAUUGGCAUUCAUUAUUUAUGUAUUGUAUCGUUGAUUGCAUGGGAUUCUUAUUGAAUUUUUCCCGCAGUAUGUUGCGUGUUCGUCAAUGUGCUUGUACAUAUAUUUAUAUAUGAUUCUUUGUCGGUUUUCCGGUUUGUUUGUUCGCUGCGCCCUUUUCAUCACUGAUGUAACAAAGUAUGCAUUAUUAUUUGCUGUUCUCUUGCAGCUCUUGUGCAAACAGCAAUUUAAACUAUUUGCUGUUGGCAUUCCUUCUAUCAUGGGCAUCAAACAAACACGAUUUCGAUUUGGAUUUUGGCUUGCCGAAUGUUUAAGUUUUGCGAAUGGAAUCAUAGCCUUGAACUCUCAGGCCUUGUGUUUUUCACAGUUGCAUGCUAAGUUUAUCGUUUAAACCUCCACUCCCCAGUGGUAGAAUUUUUCCAACCCCCUGUCAUCAGUCGUGACAGUUUUCUCUCCCCUUAAAAUAAGAGGAGAAAAAAAUAGGAAAAAAAAGCGUCUUCCCAUUUUCGCGCUAGAAAACAAACAAAAAUGCAAUAAACGCCAGCUGCAGCGGAGAAGCGAGGAGCCUGUUCGGGUCAAAGAAUUUCACUGCGUAUUUUCCAAUAUUUUCGCCGCCAUGUUGAUAGCAUGGAAAUGUGGAAAAUUCGAGUAAUUGUCACUGAGGUGGCUGUCUGUGUCCCAGCAAGCCGAACCAAACCAAACCAAGCGAACAUUGGUUUGUCAACAAACAUGGAUGCGGGAAUGUGACGACCUGAAUUGUUGCCCUCAAAAUGCAAUCAAAAUGAACGCACACCGAGCUGUUUUCAUUACCAAAAGCGCUCUUCGCGCCCAUGAUAUCAUCCGUUUCGUUUUAAGCACAUUAAUCAGUACGCAAACCUGUGCUGCCCCACUGAUAUCGGGAAAUAACGCAUACGACAGGUGGACCAAGGUCAUUACCUACCACUUGACUUUGCUGUACUCUAGGCUGGGUUGGUCUCCCCUUUUGUAAUGUUCCUACGUAUGUGUCCAAAAAUUUCGUAAUGAUUCAGAGCUACCUUAUCGCCAGUUUGUUUUACUACUACGGUUUCGUUUUGUUUCAUUUUCCACCCCCUUUUUGGGCCUUCUUGUUUUGCUUUAUCACAUUGGCUUAGGCAUUCCAAAGUUUGAUUAGAUAGCAGUGUUUUGAACGCACACCCCUUUAAAAAAACAUCGCUCCAUUUUAGUGAAAAUCGAAAGAGAACAGACACUUUUGAUGGAGAAAGCUUAGUAUGGCUUUGUUGUCGGAAUAUUCCUGGGUGAUUUUAUGAUGCUCCCAUAAAAACUUUGUUCAUUAAUUUUUGUCGCCACAUUUAAGCGGACGUCGCACGGUCGUUUUUGUUGAUUUCCAAAGCUUAACACUCGCAAUUUGUCAGAGGCUGCAGCAUCGCUACCCGCCGUUUAACCUGGUCGGCAAUUAAUCAUGGAACCUGCCAGCACUCCACAACUAUGGCAUUUUCCAUGAGCGCCCGAAAACAAAAUAAGACCACAAAAAAUGCAGAUCUCGUGGAUUCCAAAAGGGCUUUAAGUCGUUUUAAGCGCACUGGAAGCAUUGAUCUCUUGCCAUUGAUAAUGUCGGGGUAAUUAAAAUCGAUUGAUUCGAUGCGGUCAUUGGCUUAAAUUCCAUCAGAGUGGAAAGCGAAAUUUGCAUGGAAAUUUUUUUGUUUCCAUUUGUCAUAACAAAUGUGACAAGUUGAAGCUCCUGGAGAGUGCCGUCCACAUCUUGGCCACAGAAUGCCGUGAUGAAAAAAAAUAGUCGAGUGAAAUAUGAUUUCUGCCUUUUGGCAUGUGUCCAUGCUGUAGUCUAAUUUCCCAGGGACAGAGACGAUGACUUCUGCCACAUGGUCAUUUACAUAUAAAUGACAAAACAAAAAGAGAGCAGCGAACUGGCGAAGCUGCAGGAUUCCCGACCCGUGCCAUUGAUUUGGACUUUGGCAUUUGUCAGCUGGCAGCAGAUUCCGAUUUGCGAUUGCCAUUGCGAUUCAUAACCAGCGUGCAAAUGCUAAUGCAAUCGGGGAAUCAUCAUUUCUUAUUGCCACCUCUUCGUUUUACGAGUUGCUCUCUCCUCGUCUGUUGGUGUUUUUAAAUUUUUAUAUGUUUAUGUUUAUGCCAUUUAUUUUACGGGUGACGAAGGACAAAAACGAUGGCCUUACUUCGUUCGGGGCUCACCUCAUUGAGCUGCACGCGUGAUGUCAUCGUAAAAUGCUUAAAUGCCCGCUUAAGUGGGUGCCGCAAAAAGUUCGCAGGCACUCUGGCAAUCAGUAAAAUAAGAAGUCUGAUAAGAAAUAUGAGGAAAACAAAUGGUCUUAUGCGAUCCUUCUUGUGCAGUUCCUGUUCCAGCUCGUAUUAAAACUUCCCUGCCCUGCCCCGCCAAAAUAUUGCCUACAUUCCGGGGUCCUCAGGAACCGGAAUGAAAACACACACAGCACGUGUCAUUUGCUCUCCUCCCCCGGAAAAAAAAAUCUUAUUUUGUUUUAUGGCUUUUUCUCUGGUUAUUGUUGUCUCGGACCGUUUUUCUCCCACUCAUCUGGGUGGAAAGCAUGAAAAGAUGGCUUUAUUCCGAACGUAUGCAUGUGGGGGCGAAAUAUAUGUAUACAUAUCCAUAAAAAUAUCUUUCGGUUACACAUUUGUCCGGCAAUUCAGAGAGUCAAAUUGAGAAUGAAAGAGAUGAGUUGUUGGUAUUUAAAACAUUUAAACAGCAUACUUUGCUGCCACAACACCUUCGCUUAAGCUUCUACACCAUUGAAAUUGUUGAAUUAUGAAGCACAAACAAAUUUGGGUCUGUAAGCAAAGAAAUUCAAUUUUGCUGAAUACCCCACUCAACUUACCAAACUCAAUAAUGGUACAUUGAGUGAAUGGCAAUGUUGGUUUGCAGGUGUAGUAGACUGAAAUCCGGCAAUAUUAAUGUUGACUUGACAGGCAGACAGGAGUCGAUGGAGGUGAGGCUCGAGCUGAGUGCCCCUGUCUUUUCAUUUAUGCAUUGAUUAACAUGAAAACUCGCAUACAAUUACAGAGUGAAAUUGUCUCAAGAGCCGACUCUCUGUUUUCCCCAUCCCGCCAUCCUGGCGAAUCCUUGACAGUCGGUGGAUGUUGGGUUGGGGAAAAGAAAAUGAUUUUGUUAGCCAAAGUGCCGACGGAUUUAUUGAGUGCAAAUCAGCAAUAGCGAAAACGAAAGCAAUAAAUGUGCUUCUGAAAAGGGAAAAGUUACUGGUACUCAUCUUCCUUAAACCACCUGCCUCUCAGCCUGUUUUUUUUCGACCUGAGGGACGUCUGAGAGUUUUCUGGCAGACUGUCUGUUUAUUUAUUUAAUAAUUAUACAAAGUCGUUUUCUCAGCUGGGGGACUUGAGGGGUUUCAUCCAAGGUCGUUGCUUUAAUGCCUGAUUCUAGUGGGUGGAAGCGCUUCAUUGACUGCUGUUUAUGGCCAAGUACCAGAUGCUGUUGGCCAACUUUUGGUCAUUCAAUUUAAAUGUCAUCAUGGCAAAAUUUAUGCUAAACACGAAUCCUUUUAUUUAUUUGUAUCGUGAGAGGUGUUUCAAAUUUGAUUAAAUCAACGCAAUAAAUGUGUAAUCUCACUGAUGUUCUAUCGCAUUGAUGGGGUUUUCCGUUCCAAUGCACUUGAAUGGAUGCAUAUGGUUUACCCACUUAGCCAGCAGUCCGUGCUUUUAUCUAUUCCUCUGGCAGACACAGAUCGAUUGCGCUCCUUUAGCUACUCGGUAGCGUUAAAAGUUAGCUUCGCAUAUUAAAAAGUGCAGUCAAAUAAAAAAUAGGUUGCCUCACAACAUACACACGGUGUCUGGACAAGAUGCCUGGCAGCUGCCUAUAUUAAAAAGUGCACUCAGAUAAAAAGCAAAUAAAGCGAACCAUGUUCAAUGUCAAAAUUAAAGUCAAAGAGGGCAACAACACCCUGCCCCGAAAUGGCCAGCGCAGCAACGGCAACUUUAGCUACUCCGGAGCUGGAAGUGGUCGUAAUAGUCCGGCGAUGAGCAGCCUGCGCAGCUCACUGGCCUCCUCAAAUCGGAGUCCCAGUGGAUCACUGCAGAGAAAGGGCAAAAGAGUACGGAUUGUGACCAGCUAUGAUCCGGUGGAUCGGGAUUACGAGAGACAGAGGCAGCAUUAUGACAACUUGGAUGGCGUUACGGAGCUCCGUUUGGAGCAGUACGAAAUCCACAUCGAGCGCACUGCAGCUGGAUUGGGCUUGAGCAUUGCCGGUGGCAAGGGCUCAACGCCCUUUAAGGGUGACGAUGAUGGCAUCUUCAUAUCAAGGGUUACCGAGGCGGGACCCGCUGAUCUGGCUGGCCUUAAAGUGGGCGACAAGGUUAUCAAGGUCAACGGCAUUGUUGUCGUGGAUGCGGAUCACUACCAAGCGGUGCAGGUGUUGAAAGCCUGCGGUGCCGUACUUGUUUUGGUGGUACAGCGUGAGGUGACUCGCUUGAUUGGCCACCCCGUGUUUAGCGAGGAUGGCAGUGUGUCCCAAAUCUCGGUUGAGACGCGACCACUGGUGGCGGAUGCCCCUCCAGCUGCAUCCAUUAGCCACGAGCGUUACAUCCCGGCACCCAUUGAAAUUGUGCCCCAACAGCAGCACCCACAGCAACAGCAACAGCAGCCCAUUCAGCAGGUGGCCCCAGCGCAUAGCUAUUCGGGCAACGUGUUUGCCACACCCACUGCCGCAGAAACGGUGCAGCCUGCUGCGUCUGCUGCGCCCAACGGAUUGCUACUGAAUGGCAGAGAGGCGCCACUGAGCUACAUCCAGCUGCACACAACGCUCAUCCGCGAUCAGAUUGGCCAAGGACUGGGCUUCAGCAUUGCUGGCGGAAAGGGGUCGCCGCCGUUCAAAGACGACUGCGAUGGCAUUUUCAUAUCCCGCAUCACGGAGGGCGGACUAGCGUACCGCGAUGGGAAAAUUAUGGUGGGCGACCGAGUGAUGGCGAUUAACGGCAACGAUAUGACUGAAGCCCAUCAUGACGCAGCCGUCGCCUGUUUGACUGAGCCGCAGCGAUUUGUGCGUUUGGUGUUGCAACGCGAGUACAGAGGUCCACUGGAACCACCGACAAGUCCGCGAAGUCCGGCAGUGCUCAACUCUUUGAGCCCCUCCGGAUAUCUGGCCAACCGACCAGCUAAUUUCAGCCGAUCGGUGGGGGAAGUUGAGCAGCCGUACAAGUACAACACCCUGGCUACGACCACGCCCACACCGAAGUCCACUGUGCCAGCUAGUAUUAGCAACAAUAAUAACACUCUGCCCAGCAGCAAGACCAAUGGAUUUGCCACUGCUGCUGCCACGAUAGACAGUUCCACGGGGCAACCGGUGCCCGCUCCCCGUCGCACCAACUCCGUUCCAAUGGGAGAUGGAGACACUGGGGCGGGCUCCACCACCAGUGCCGAUUCUGGCGAGGCUCAGCCCUCCUCGUUGCGACCGCUGACCAGCGAUGAUUUUCAGGCGAUGAUCCCGGCACACUUCCUCAGCGGCGGCAGUCAGCAUCAGGUGCAUGUGGCCCAACCCAACGAGGUGGGCGUGAGUGCCGUCACGGUGAAUGUGAAUAAGCCUCAGCCGGAUCUGCCCAUGUUCCCGGCGGCACCCACCGAACUUGGCCGCGUCACCGAGACGAUCACCAAGUCCACGUUCACGGAGACGGUGAUGACGCGCAUCACCGACAAUCAGUUGGCGGAGCCGCUUAUCAGUGAGGAGGUUGUGCUGCCCAAGAACCAGGGCUCCCUGGGAUUCAGCAUCAUCGGCGGCACGGAUCAUUCCUGUGUGCCCUUCGGCACUCGAGAGCCUGGCAUUUUCAUAUCGCACAUUGUGCCCGGCGGGAUUGCCUCCAAGUGCGGCAAGCUGCGCAUGGGAGAUCGCAUAUUGAAAGUCAACGAGGCGGAUGUUUCCAAGGCCACACAUCAGGAUGCGGUUCUGGAGCUGCUGAAGCCAGGUGAUGAAAUCAAGCUGACCAUUCAACACGACCCACUGCCGCCAGGAUUCCAAGAAGUGCUACUCAGCAAGGCGGAGGGCGAACGUUUGGGCAUGCACAUCAAGGGCGGCUUGAAUGGCCAGCGCGGUAAUCCCGCCGAUCCCUCCGACGAAGGCGUCUUCGUGUCCAAAAUUAACUCGGUCGGUGCGGCCAGACGGGACGGAAGGCUUAAGGUGGGCAUGCGUCUGCUCGAGGUUAAUGGACACUCGCUGCUGGGCGCCUCGCACCAGGAUGCGGUCAAUGUGCUGCGCAACGCUGGCAACGAGAUUCAAUUGGUCGUCUGCAAAGGCUACGACAAGUCCAAUUUAAUUCAUUCCAUUGGACAGGCCGGCGGCAUGAGCACUGGCUUCAACUCGUCUGCAUCCUGCAGCGGUGGCAGUCGCCAAGGCUCGCGUGCAUCGGAAACGGGAUCGGAACUGAGCCAGAGUCAGAGUGUAUCCAGCUUGGACCACGAAGAGGAUGAGCGUCUGCGACAGGACUUCGAUGUCUUCGCUUCGCAGAAGCCAGAUGCACAGCAGCCAACUGGACAAUCGGUCCUGGCAGCUGCUGCUGCCAUGGUGCAUGGCGCCUCGUCGCCCACACCACCUGCUGCCACCUCCAAUACAACUCCCUUACCCACAGCCGCGCCAGUGGCAUCUGCUGAUUUAACAGCACCGGACACGCCAGCCACCCAGACCGUGGCGCUCAUUCACGCAGAACAGCAGGCCCAUCAACAACAACAACAGCAGCAGCAGACGCAGCUGGCGCCUUUGGGUCAGGAGAAGAGCACCCAGGAGAAGGUGCUGGAAAUUGUACGCGCGGCUGACGCCUUCACCACCGUGCCACCAAAGUCGCCAUCGGAUCACCACGAGCAGGAUAAGAUACAGAAGACGACGACGGUUGUCAUAUCGAAGCAUACGCUCGACACGAACCCAACCACCCCCACAACGCCGGCGGCGCCUCUUCCCAUCGCUGGAGCAGAGUCAGCGAACUCGACUGGUGCUCCUUCUCCAGCUGUUCCUGCAUCCACGCCCGGCUCAGCGCCAGUUCUUCCUGCCGUGGCCGUGCAGACACAGACGCAAAGGACCUCUACGGAGAAGGAUGAAGAGGAGGAGUCGCAACUACAGCAACGAGGCACCCAGACUCCAGAUCGCCUGGCACCCGGAGCACGUUACUCCUACCAGCAGAUGCUGGAGUCGCAGGAGGAGAAUCGAACUUCUGGCAAAGCCACCCAGGCGAAGCCCAAGAAGGCGGAGCCCGUGUACAUCAUAGAUGACGAGGACGAUGAGGAUGACGAUGACGCAGAUUCCCAGCGGCUGGACGACAUCGACGCUAUCCAAGAGGAGGAAGAAGACACGGAGAGCUCUCCGCCCUUGGAAGUGCAGUCACCACCUUCCUAUGCAGACACUGAUUCCGAUACCUUCGACCGUCGACGUGGCCGAUAUACCAGUGACUCGGAAAGCGACUGCCGGCCGUACAAACCAUCGAGAUCGGGACGCAGUACGCCUGAAUACGGUGGUCAUCGCAAGUCUGUAAGCUUCGAUCUCAGUGGAGACGAGCGCUCCAGAUCGGACUACGAGCGAUCCCGCUCCCGCACUCCAGAUGGUUAUACUAGGGCCUACGAUUCAGAGCAGGAUACUCGAGGAUCGGGUCGUAAUCGUCUGCCACGGAAAGGCAUAUUGCGGGCAACCAGCCCGUGCCCCACGCUGGAAAAAUCUGAACCCAUUGUGCCAGCAGUGGCACGCAUCCGUGAUGUGGAAUCGCCGCAACUUCAGCGCGUUUCACGGGCCACUUCCCCGGAUCGACCCGGCGAACUGGAGCGGGAAAAUCCUUUCCGUCAUCCCACUUCCGAGGAUGAUGAGUACACGCGGAUAGCGAAGGAGGUCAGCAAAUCGCCUCGGUCGCCGCGCUCCACACGCGAGCAGUUCUUCUUUGGGUCUUCGAGAUCCAGUGAGGAUCUGCUGGAGCAAUCCCAGUCACUAUCCAGCGGUCGCAGCACUCCCAACACAGUGAUCUCCAAGUCCACGGAGAACCUUACCGGCACGCGGCCAAAGAUACCUCCACCCACCGCUCCAAAACCGCAAUUAAAGAAGGCGAACCUGGUGCGAAAUGUAGCACUGGAAACAUUCCAGGCCAGCGAUGUGGGACAAGGUGAUUUUACGGUAUUCGAGCACGAUGCCAGCACGAAUACGAUCCAUCCCGUGGAGGCCAAAGUUCCCGUCAGGGUGUCAACCAAGACGAAACCGAGUCGCCCGAGGGAAUCACCACCACCGCCGCCAGUGAAUUUCGCCACCCUGCCGAAGUUACCAAGCACGCCAACUUUGCGAGAGGCGGAGGAGUCCAUCUACAUGGAGGCCCUGCCGCCGACGCCCUCGCAGCUUCGGCCCAACGAAUUCGUGCACGAGAACUCACCGGACAAUAUUCUGGUCUCGCCGCAGGAGCACCGCGAGUAUUUGCUGCGUGAGAACGAGCUGAGGAAUCAGUUGAGGGCCCCCUACGAACCCGCUCCACCUGUACCCAUUGUCGGCGGCGGAUAUUCGGUAACGAAUCCCUUUCUAGAUAGUUUCGACACCGACAUUGACAGCCUGCCAUUGCCACCACCGCCUACACCGCCUGCCCAACACCAACAUACACGUCAUUUGCAUGAGCCGCCGCAGUUUCCGCAGUUCGCGCCACCACUAACCGCUAACGCAUCCACGUCUCCAUCUUGUUCUUCCAAUGCUGCUUCUGCUGGUGGCGCCACUAACCGCUUGAUGGAUUCGCCGCAACGACAGCUGCUGGUCGCCGGGUCGUCCACCCAGAUCUUUCCCACGGCCCAGAUACUGCCCGUGCAGUAUGCCAGUCUGCCGCAACCGCAGCAGCCCAACACGCUCACCCUUAAGACCGUUUCCCCCACUUCGUCCCACGACCCCAAACAGCCCCUUUUCAACCUGGUACUCCUGCCCGGCGACCAGGUGGCCGACAAAUCCUCGCCAGCAAUGCUCUACCUGCAAACGUCAACACCUGCCAGCAGGGAUGGAGCAGAGGAGCAGCAGGAAGAGGUUAGAGCCAAACCCACUCCGACUAAAGUGCCUAAAUCGGUUUCCGAUAAAAAACGCUUCUUUGAGUCAGCCAUGGAGGAUCAACACAAGCCCACACAAAAGACAGACAAAGUUUUCUCAUUCCUGUCAAAGGAUGAAGUGGAAAAGCUGAGACAGGAGGAGGAGAGGAAAAUUGCAACAUUGCGCCAUGAUAAGAAUUCCAGAUUACUGGAUGCCGCCAACGACAACAUUGACAAGGAUGCCGCACAGCAGCGGACCAAGAGCAACAGCAACAGCAGCAGCGGCGACGAUAAUGACGACAGCGACCAAGAGGAGGGCAUCGCUCGCGGGGAUUCCGUUGACAACGCCGCUCUGGGGCACUUCGAUGAUGCGGAGGACAUGAGAACCGCACAAAGUCUGGCGCCGACAAUGCCACAUGCCCCCAGCAAAAUACCCAAGCAGAAGUUGAAAGAGAAACAGAUUGAGUGGACUCCUCCUACUCCCACGGCACUUGAUCCGCCCAAGCCCUCGCUGCUGCCCAAGCCGAAGGUCAAGGUUGUCAUUCCACCAGCACUGCAGCAGCGUUUUAAGCAGCAGCAGGUGCAGCAGCAGCAACAACACCAGCAAUCCCUGCCCGAAGAGCCCUCAAUUCCGGAGGAGGAAUAUCACCAGCAGCCGGAGCCGGAUUCGCCCUCCGCCUCAGGAGGCAGUCGCAUACCCGUAAGAACCCUAAAAGCCGAGCGCCGCGCCUUGGCCUUGGCAGCCCGCCAAUCCGGACUUAGUGUGGAGGAGUAUCUGAAGCGACUGGAGACGCAGGAUGAUAAAGAGUCCCCGGCUUCGCCCACAACGCCCACUGGCAAAAGCCGUUCCAUGAUUAAUGCUGAGAAGCGCGCCUCCUGGCGGGCAGCUCGUCUUCGAUCACUGGAACAGGGAGCCGUGGAGGCACAAGAUGUGAUCAAGAAUAUGCGCAAGAUGACCGACGAUCUGAUCACCCACGAGUCCAGAGCCAGCGAGGCUCAGCCGAAAAUAGUCUUUCCCAAAAUUGCCAUAAAAUCGAGCGACGGUCCAGUCAUUGUGCGCGAACGCGAGAAAAUCCUCGAUGAGAAGAUUGUGCGCCGCACUGAGGAGGUGGCAUGCCCCAUUACGGGGCGACCUCAACUGCGCACCGUCGAGUACAUUGAGAAAAUCAUCGAGACGGAGGUGGAGACCUGCAAGGAGCGAAUCAUAUCCUUGGAGCUGCAGGUGCCCGAAGCGGAGGACGAGGGCAGGCUAGAUGACACGCAACCGCCGCUGGAACUCGAGGCGGAUGACUUCCAGGACGACGAAGAUGAUGAAGAUGAUGACGACGAUGAUGAUGAUGAAGAUGACUACGAGGAUGAAGAUGAGGAGGAGGACACCGCCUCCAUUGUGACCGUACAGGCGAACAAUGAGAAGCUGUUCCUGCGCCACGAUUCUGAUACCUAUGGUCCUUCGUCCAUUGAGAGUGUUGCAUCCGGCAAGGUGCGCAUCAAGCCCACGCCGUUGUCCCUUCACCAAACUCUGGCCAAGGAGACCACAAUUGUGGAGGUACUGAAUCCCGUCAUCGGAGGCGAUGGCAGUGCCCGCACCAUUCACGUGAGCGGUGGCUUGCCCUUCGAUGAGGACGCUUUCGAGCAGGGUGCCGUGGCCGUGCUGCGCAGCGAAACUUUCGUCCUGCCAGGAGCCGCCGGCGGUGGCAGGUCUGAGUUGUCAUUAAACGCUAAAAUGAAAACCGUGCUCGAGGAGCUGCUGGAGAACGAGCGCGUCAAAUUGAAUUUGCAAAAGAGCCUCGAGGGCGAGGAGGGGGAGGACGACGACGAUGAAGACGAGAAUGGCAGUGCCUAUGGUGACGCGCGGGACGAAGUGGAAAGCGCCUAUGGCGAUGCCAUUGACGAUGUAGUUGACUUUGUCAGCGCCACGGUCACGAGCCGCGCAGCUAAUGAUAAGGACGAUGUCAAGAACGGGAAUCAGCACCUCCUCGAGGAGCUGAUUAAGGACAGCAACCGCAACACAAUCAUUGCUAAAAUGGCGGGCCAAUUGUCAGACGAUGAUGAGGAGGAUGACGACGAGGAGGAGAGCAGUGACUCUUCGGACGAGGAUAGCGAUGACUCCGAAGAGGAGGACAACGCUCAGGAGCAGCUGAAUGUUACCUAUGUGCAGGGCGCACAGGUGAUCGAGAAUCUCAAUACACUGGCCACAGGCGGAAAGCUGCAAAAGUCGCAGACCUACACGGCCAUCAAGCAGGCAGAGGAGCCAAAGGAGGAGGACACGAAACUGGAGGAGGAUCCAUCUGCGGAGGAGCCUUGCGGAGCUGAUACCCUGGCCAAGCUUCAGGCCGAGCAACGCGCCCUGGCCGAGAUCUCAAAGCAGUUGCGCAAGUCUGUGGAGGAUUUGCUCAGCGCCGAUGGCGAGACGGUGGUGGAAACUCAGAGGACUUAUACUUUACCCGCUCCCAGCGAUAGUUCAUCGGUGGUCACGGUCACCGAGGUGGUCAAGAAGCAGAAGAAAAAGAAGAGCGAAACUGGGGAGGAGCUUUUCAAUCGCCUGCUAAGCGCCGCAGAGUCGGAACGUCAGAUUUUCGACCGACAGCAGGGUGAGACCAUCACAACCACCACCACGACCACAGAGGCUGUGAGCUCGGAGGACAACGAGCCGAGCACCAGUGUGGUGACCACCACGCGGACUGUGUCCAAUAUUGUGACCAGCGGCAUUCCCAGGCCAGAAACCAGCAAGCAGAACAACCGCAACAGCAAUAGCAGCAAUAAUAACCGCAACAAGAACAAGCGAAAGGGCAAAAAGAAGUAGAGGAUAUCCGGCAGCAGCUGUAAGGAAAUGGGCUGAAGUGUUGAAGUUGGGUAUACGCCGUGUGGUGGGUAUGGGUUCGAGUAUGAGUAUGUGAUCCGAGUGAAUCCUUAUACGCACAACCUUCCGCACAAACACUCACUACCCACACACACACAGAAACACACAUAUCAGCGUGUUAGAGGGCUCGUUGUCAUCUCUCUACAUUAGAACCACUAAUUUUAUACAUAUGUAUAUUAUGUAUGUACGAUAUUCGCAUAUGCAUUGAUAAUUUUAAUUAAUUGUGCAAAUAAUGUGUCCCCUGCAUUUACAAAAUCCCAUUUGUUACUAAUCAACAAAGUGUACGCAUUAAAACAAAAUAUUUUCAUUGAAAAUUAAAAACAAAUCGAAUUGCCGAAUGAGAUAUUGCAAGAAUUUAACUGCAAAUUUAAUGUUGUGCAGCAACCGCAAAGAAACGACAACAACACAAAUCGCCACACUGAGCCCAUCAGAAUUGAAUUAAUACGACAACAGCAUCGGACAAAAAAAAAGGGAAACAAAAAUCUUAUUUAAUUGAAUUAAAUAAUUUCACUUUGUUUGCAUUUAACUAUCAUUUGCAUACUGCAUCUGGUUUUUCUCCCUCAUUGUGUUUUUCCAAAUGGGCUUUGCUUAUUUUCCACAAAUUAAAUUUACGUUUUAUGUUCUAGCACAAAAAGUAGGAGCAAUCUCAAAUCCGUGCCCAGCAGCCGGCCGAAGUAUCCACGACGAUCCUUCACGAGAACCAUUUAUGAACUUUAAGCAUUCCCGACUGCCCGAGUUUUUCGGGCAUACUCCUUUUAGUUUUAGCCAUAAGCAAACUAAACCCGCAACUAAAUCAAACUAGAUUCGAAACGAAACAGCGAGAGCCGAGAACAUAAAGCAUAAGCACAACUAUGACAAAUGUCCUAUGGCGAUUUCAGUUUCCACUUUUAUACAAAUGUAAAAAUAUUUACAAGCAAUUUUAUGUAAUACCUAUAUGAUAUUUAGUGUGUAAACUCGUCUUUUUAUGAAAACGAAAGCAAAUGCCGCAAAAAGAAAUGAAAAUAAACAAA